AUGCCGGCGCCCAGCGGGAAAGCGACGUGCAACACGGCGAGUGUAAAAGAUACCAAGUACUUUUGUGAUGACACGAUCGAGCGGCUCUUGAUACAGCCGCCUGCCGAGGUUGAUCCGUCCGGCAAGGGCAAGCAGCGCGACGUGGUGGCCUUUGCGCCCUUUCAAGCGUCCCACUUUUGGGACGACGCGCUGAUGGUGCUGAGCCUGGUUGGAUCGCUGACGAUGCUUGGCUCGACGGUCUACGUAUACCUAAAGAAGAUUGAGUGGGACGUCGCGCGGCCGUACUUUAUCCUCUCGGUGUCCAUCUUUACGGUGCUGUUUGCUGUGCAGACCGUUGCCAAGUGGAUCCUUGGACCUGUGGUGUUUGUCGGGACGCGGAAAAUGCUCUCGAACCGCGUCGAGGUCGAGCACAUCACGAUCCAGUCGCCCGCCGUGGGCCGUGCGACGGUCGCCGACAAGAAGGGGCCCGACGGCCGGCCGAUGCUCAUUCCCCCGCAGUACGCGCUCGACGUAAAGUACGAGCGCACGAGCAACGCGGGGAAGAAUGUGCUCGUGAAGAAGAACGACCGUGUGGUGCUCGGCCACUUUGGCGAGUGGUUCACCGAGGACGGCGAGUUUGUCGAGUCCGUCUUCCAGCAGCGCCUCUACUCGAGCCUCCAGCGGAUUUUCGGCGAGUAG